UGCCCCGGGCCCGCCGACCGCCACUCAAUAAAUACCCUUCGUUCGCUCCAGCCUCCUACCCUACUCACCCACCAACUACCGCCACGCCUCCGUAGCAGCAAGAGAAAAAAAAAACAAAAAAAAAAAUCGAGAAAAGAGAAGUCGGAGAAUCCAAGAGAGAAUAAGCAAAUCCCUCAAUCGAGAGAUGGAAGUGUCUCCGCCGCAAGAAGAGGAGUCGAAGUUGUCACCGGCGAUCGCAGCGGGUGGAGACCGCGAAGAGGUGUCUCCCGAGCCAAGAAGGUGAGUGUUGGUGUUUUAGAUCCCGGAGAAACGACCUGUUUCUUCCCGGCCCCUUUUUUUCUUCAUGUCGGGGAUGCCGAUUGCUGGCGGAGAAGAGGUGGAGUUCGCGGCGUGCGAUUGCUGCGGGAUGACGGAGGAGUGCACGCCGGCGUAUAUUGCCGGAGUGCGUGAGCGGCACGGCGGUCGGUGGAUCUGCGGCCUCUGCGCGGAGGCCGUGCAGGACGAGAUCUGCCGCUUCCGGCUCCUGAUCUCUCCCGAGGAGGCCAUGGUCCGGCACGCCACAUUCUGCCGUAACUUCCGGUCGGCCAAAGCGCCGGCGGCCGGCUCGGCGGAGCAACUGAUCGCCGCCGUCAAGCAGCUCCUCCGGCGGAGCCUCGAAUCUCGGCGGACGGUGGGCAGCCCCCGGUCCGCAAGCGACGGUACGCCCCGGUCCAGUCUAGACCGGACAGGUAACGGCCUUCCUGCCUUGCUUGGCUAAGAAGGAUAAAGAGCAGAGAAUCAAUAUCUCAAAAAAAGAGA